CGUCAAACUACUUCAUAAAAGUACUCGUUUCUAUAUAAUCCCCUAAUUUCUCUAAGCAAAGUUAUGCCUUGGAACGACCAGUAUCUUACCAUUCAUUCAACUCAAGCAAUUGACUUUCACCCAUAAAUAUUUUCUCAUCAAAGUAAAAUGCCAUCAGUUAAGAGCACCAUUACUUUCUUGCUGAGCCAGGCUCUUCUCGCCACGGCCAGCCCAGUGGAGUUGGAGAAGCGUCAAUGCCCCGGAAUCCACGUUUUUGGCGCCCGUGAAACCACAGCACCACCAGGAUAUGGCUCUUCUGGUACUGUUGUGAACCUAAUUGUCAACUCUCAUCCCGGAACAACGGCCGAGGCCAUCAACUACCCAGCUUGCGGUGGUCAGAGCCAAUGCGGUGGUAUUAGCUAUGCUAACUCUGUGGUGGCUGGUAUCAAUGCUGUUGUCCAGGCAGUGAACAACUAUCACAACCAAUGCCCCAACACAAAGCUUGUGUUGGUUGGAUACUCGCAGGGUGGCCAAAUCAUGGAUGACGCGCUAUGUGGAGGAGGUGACCCUGGAAAUGGCUACCCAAACACCGCUGUCCCUCUCUCUGCGGGAGCAGUCAGUGCCAUCCGGGCCGCAAUCUUCAUGGGCGACCCUCGCUAUGUCCGCGGACUGGCGUACAAUGUUGGAUCUUGCCAAGCCCAGGGUUUUGCUGCUCGCCCUGCUGGCUUCGUUUGCCCCAGCGGAUCAAAGAUCAAGUCGUACUGCGAUGCUUCAGACCCCUACUGCUGCAACGGAAACAACGCAAACACUCACCAGGGUUAUGGUCAGGAGUAUGGACAGCAGGCUCUCUCCUUUGUCAACAGCAAACUUCAAUAACUAAGAGGAUGGUCGCAUCUGAAAACCGGGGUUUGCUUUGGGCCAGUCGGACAAUGGAAUGGAUGCAGUUGAGUAGCAAGAUGUUGCUCUUUAUUUCAUGCAUGCCUGGAGCAAUUGAUCUUGUGGCUACUAAAUGUAA